AUGGCACAAGCUGAAAUUCAAAAGCUUCUGGAGCUCGCCGAAAAUCGAGAAGAGGUCGGAGAUCACGAUGGUGCUAAAAAAUCCUACCAAUCAGCUCUAGAACUCGCCCGUUCGAGCCAAAAUGAGCAGCUCAAUCUCAUCUGCGGCUACAACUUCGGCACAGCCCUUGUAAACACCGGAGAGCCACGAAAAGGGGUUGAAAUUUUGCUCAAGAUGCUGAGUCUUCUCCCAGGCGGAGACGAGCCUAAAGUCAUCAACGAGCAGCACUUGUACUACAACCUCGGCAUCGGCAUGGCCUACAUCGGCGACUGGAAGAGCUGUUUCGAAGUGAUGCAGAAGAUCAUCAAUCCGAAUUUGUACGCGAAGGCGGCAAUUACGCGCGGCAAGGCGGCGGAACGAAUGCGCGAGUUCGACAAAGCUUUGGAAGAACUGUCGAUUGCUAGAAAAGCAGCUGAGGCGAGCAGGGACUAUGCUACUUUGGCACAAGCGUGGUUUAUUGAGGGAAAAGUCAAUCUGGCCACGGACGAGCCGAAAAAAGCUCAACGUGCUCUUCAAAAUGCCGCGCUCAUGUCUGACAAAAUAGAAGACGACCAAGAGAAAACGGAACACAAGACGCAACUGGCAGAGGCAAUGAUAGAGGCGAAGUUGUACGAAGACGCCCAUGUUACGCUCAAAGGAGCAAAGAACAAUCCAAGAGGUCAUUAUCUUGCCGCAACAAAUUUCGCCUCAACCGGCGAUUUCCAAAACGCCAUUUCCUCCUACGAAUCCGCCUCAAAAGGCUACCUCCUCGAUGGAAACCUAGAAAUGGCCGGCUUAUGCUAUCUCGGCGAAGGAAAAUGCUUGAAGCGAAUGAAAAAGUUUGACGAAGCCCUAGCCGCUUUCAACAAUGCUCUAGCGACUUUCGAGGACAUUACAAUUUCUUCGCAUGGAAAGACGAAUGGAUUGAUGGGCUCAAAUGCGAGUAUUGGCGAAACGUUGGUGAAACUCAACUCAACUGAUGAUGCUCUUACUCCACUCAAAGAAGCAGCUGCGAUAACUCAUGCCGAGCAACAGAGGCUCCAAAGACAACAAGAAAAACUACAGCGACUGAUCAAAAAAGCAAGCCGCGGAGGAAAAAAUGACGAUUCUUUUUCCGAAACAGCUUCGUAUGCUUCUCUCCCUGUGGUGGUACCUCCUUCUGUGACGAAUUCGCUGCAAUCGGCUGGUGGUGGAGUUUUGCUACAGCGACCGUUUUUGCAGAGGCCGACGAAAAAUGGACUUUCUUAUAAAGCGCAAUUAUUGAUGAGCAGACCGAAAAUUUCUCAAAAGGAAGGAAUUGACGCUGCAUUAUCCGGCCGAGCGCCAUCCAAAAGUGCCAAAAAUGUGAUCCCGUCUCUUCCCAAUCCUCAGCCCUUGAACCGCGGCAGAAGAGCCCACGGUUCCGGGCGAGAAGAAAGACCCGGCACAGCAAGCAGAUUCGCUCUGAGAACAUCGCAGUUGGAUGAAAGUUCAGACGAAGAAAAUCCCAAAUCGGCGAAAAUGAUUUUGAAGGAAUAUGACGAGGGACUAAAUUCUGUUGGUUGA